UUCAUUCCUUGGGUUUGGCUGCAACUUUAAACUGAAGUCGCUCAUGACACUUGAAGCCAGACAGACAGAAAGCAGUCAUGGGCGACGUGGUACUCACAGCAGAUCUGCCAACAAGAAGCAAAAGUUUAGAUAAACUCGAGCAGAAGUCUACAGAAGAGGAGAAGACGAUCCAGGUGAAUGGAUCUCCACAGACAGACGGAGAAAAGGUCAGCAAGAUCACCGAGGAAAGCAAGAUUCAAGAAGACCUCCAGGAAUCGGAGGACCCCCAGAAGCCCCAGGACGAAGAGCCCGCGCUGGGGCCAGAUGACGUCACGUGUGACUCCUGCAUCGACCGACCGUGCCGGGCCAAAAAGUCGUGCUUGACAUGCCUGGUGUCUUACUGUGAGGACCACCUGAGACCACACCUGGAGAACGUGAAGUUUCAGAGCCACAAGCUGGUGGAGCCGCUGCGGGACAUCGAGAGACGCACGUGUGAGACUCACCGCGCGCCGCUGGAGCUCUACUGCCUGGCCGACGCGCGCUGCGUGUGCCCGGAGUGCGUGCGCGAGGAACACCGCGGCCACAACGCCGUGCCCAUCACCGAGGCGCGCAGGAGCAUAGAGAAAGAGCUUCAUGACAAACAGACAGACAUGAUGAAGACGGUCGCAGGAGCGGAAAACGCCAUUAACAAGUUACAGGUCAACACGGUGUCUAUAGAGGCGUCUGUGAAGGACGUGCGAGGAGUGAUCGAGAAGCAGUUCGACACACUGAUGCUGGCCGUCGAGCAGGUGAAGAAGGAGGUGAACGAGAUCCUGGAGGCCGAGGAGCGGCAGGCGCUGAAACAGGCCGAGGGAAUACGGGUUCAUCUCGAGCAGCGCUGCACCGAACUGAAGAAGACUCAGGGUCGGGUCGACAAAAUCACCAAAAACAAAAAUGACAUCGACUUCCUGCAGGAGUAUUCCGAGUGGAAAAAGGAAGCGGUUGAUGUGUCUUUACCCGGAGUUUACAUCGGCCUCACGGAUGAACUGCAGUCUUUCAGUCGUGUUAUCAUAGAGUCCACCAAAGAGAUGUGCACCAACCUGAUGACCUCUUACACCAACAAACUCAAAGAAACCUGCAAAAACGAUAAAAUGGGCAUAAAGACGACGGUUAAAGCCAUGAUCGCCGCGAAACAGAACCUGUCAAUUCCCAAACCGAAGACCAGAGACGACUUCCUCAGAUACGCCACUCCUCUGCACCUGGACGCCGACUCGGCUCAUCGGUUCCUGCGUCUGACAGAAGAGCGUAAGAAGGUCACGAACACGACCCCGUGGCAGCACAGCUACCCGGAGCUUCCCGAGCGCUUCGAGCACUUCAAGCAGGUGCUGACGGUCGAGAGCUUCUACAUGGGACGCCACUAUUUCGAGGUGGACAUGAGAGGAGAGGGAACUCACGUCGGCCUGACUUACAAGAGCAUCGACCGCAAGGGGUCGGAGAGCAACAGCUGCAUCACGGGGAACAGCUUCUCCUGGUGUCUCCAGUGGAACGGCCGAGGAUUCUCCGCGUGGACCAGCGACGUGGAGACGCCGCUCAGUAACCCCAAAGCCUCUCGCAUCGGCGUGUACGUGGACUACUCCGCCGGCGAGCUCGCUUUCUACGACGUGGAGAACGGCAUGACGCUCAUACACAAGUACCAGGCUCAGUUCCUGGAGCCGCUUUACCCUGCGUUCUGGCUCCCCAAGAAGGAGAACGUGGUUCUCCUGGAGCCCGCAGGAGCAUCGGCGUCUCUCACGGCCCCGUCUCCUGUCCCCUCUCCACAAUGAACUCCUCGGAUCCCAUGCAUUUCAUUAUUAUAAUGUGCCGUUUACACCUCAUCUCAGGGGAUCUCUGGAUUAGAUAACCUGAGACAGAUGUGACCUGUGUAAACUGAGAGACCUACUGACUGAUACUUAAAGGGUUAGUUCACCCAAA